UAGUUACUCUGAAGAACAAGACCUUCCCUUCAACUGCCUAGCGCAAUGAACCAUAUGAAAAAGGAACAGUCGAGUGUUACAAUGGAGUUAUAUAACACUGUCCUUUUCAAAGAGAAUGAGACGAUUUCCAGGGCUUAUCUCUCGUCAAAAAUGGGUAACGUCAGACACAUCUUGGCAAACUAGAAUGCAGAUCGAAUUAUUUUCACCUCGCACAGAUUCUGCUAGAGAAUGGAUGUAGCUGGAGGAUGAAAUGCCAUGUACGGCAGAAGACGAAAAAGAUCCUAAUGAUGUGAUACCAAGGAAACGGCUAUUUUCAGUUCCUAUGGUUUAGUAUCAUGACGGGAGAGACCCAGCAUGUUUAUGGGAUCAGUGAUUCUGAAAAAAAAAGCAAACAAGACAGAGAGGCUGUCUGUGAACACUUCACCGAGAAGGACGUUCAGGAUUUUUGUGGCAAUUUUUUGGACAGCUCUGAUCAUACUUCAGAAAUUGGUUCACACUACUGCAUCAAAGAAAAGGAGUCUCAUACUCAAAGGGAAGCUGUGAUUCGACCACAGCAAGCAGGAAAGAUUGACUUUAAAUCUCUGCAAGGCCGAUCUCAGUUUACCUGUGAUGGAACUUGGAGCAGUAACAAGGGUAACCCGCAGUCACCCACUAGUAAAAAUCGUCUGAGAGACAAAACAAAAAGGGUUGGAAAAGGAGAUAGCAAUCCACAUCAGCUUUAUAGACUCAGCAUUGCAAACUCCCGGGCCAACCCUACUAUUGGAAUAGCCUAUCCACAACAAAAAGUAACUCCGCAAAAAAAAUUAGAAGCAAAUGCAAAUCGUGGUCCUGUAACAGGCAGUUAUCACUUUCACAUCUCCAAUUUACCGGAAGGUGAAACAGCAUUACAGUUAGAUGAUCUCAGUUUUAACCAGUGCUUCUCAGAUUCUUCUGUGAACCUUACCUCCUCAAGCUAUACUUCCCAGGUUGCUGCUUCAACACAGCCACAUCACACAGUAAAAACACAGCAACCAACAAGCAUUUCUAGAGACACUGCGAAUGCAGACAGUCAACUACAGUAUUCGGAUUUCCAAAUCAAUGGGGCCGACAGUUGGCAUGCUGCAGACAAGGAUGUUGGAUCAUCUAGCUAUGAUGUCUCUGCAGAGAAACCAUACACAUUUCCAGGAAACAGCAAAUCCAAUACACAGGAUUUUGAACUUAUGCCGUAUCAUUAUCCAUUCCAGCACUUGCAGGAUGCAGUUGCAGUCCCCUUUGGUAGUGACCAAAGUGCUCAGAGUCAGGAUUAUUUGGACUCUUCCCUGGCUCAUAGUCAGGCAGCUCAUGGUGCUUUUGUCUUCCAUUCAGGAGGCAAAGAUGACUCUGCUAGCAAUGGUCAUUACAACAGCUUGCAGCAAGAUGGCAGGGCAUAUGUUAUGCCUUCCCAGCAGGCUCCAUUUUUACAUGUUCAGCCUCAAAGUGUUCUACAUCAGGCAUCUGUCCCUUGCUACAAAGGGCGGAAUGAGCAUCCUGGUGAUAUUAAUGGUGCUAUAUCCUCUGGUGCUAAUGAUUCUUCAGGUGCUACACAGCAAACUCUGAAUGUUUUCUCAGAGAACCAGUCUACUUUUCCAUCCAGUGAGUUUAGUUUACACAACAACAAUACAGCGUCUAUUCAUAAGAGAGUCUCAGCUGCAAAAGAUAAUGGGGCCAGUCAUCAAAUGGUACCCCAAGGGAACUCUGUAAGGAGGAAUGCAGCACAGAAUUCUUUAUCCCAACAGCACUUUCAGACCAAAUCUUACAGUACAUCAGUUAAUGGUGUAAAGACUGCCACAGUGCCUUUUGACAAAAACAUUUCAAAUACAGUCCAACCCCAUUCCCAAGUACCACAGACUUGGGAAGGGACAAACACAAUAUUCUCUGCUGCUGGGCAGAACUGUGCACCUUAUUCCACUUCUGUUGGAAAUCAUUUUUCAUUUCACUGCCAGUCAAGUAAUGAGCAAAGACAGCAAAUGUCAAAAAAUCGGUCGCCUUGGCAACAAAUACAACUUACUGCAGCAAUGCCGAACCAGAACAGAAUAGAUCUGUCCAGACAGCUCAGCAACCAAACUCCUUUUACUGCUGUGGACUGGCAAGGGGGUAAGCCAGCCCAGUCAAAUGCACCCCUUAACAGUUCAUCAGGUUUUCACAACAAAAUGCAUAUGACAGGGGACGGGUACACUAGCAUGAAAGUCAAUGCAGUUCCACAAAACUGCAAUGCAGCUAACUUCACAUUUGAAAAUGGAGGAGACGUAGACUCAACAGUAAGUGAUUCUAGAUAUAAAAAUGGUUUCUUUGGGAUGAGUCACCCUGUACCAACAGUCUCUUCAAGAAGUUUCACUAACCAUUUAGCAACAGUGGCCCCUGUCACAGUCAUGUCAUCUCCAUAUGCAUCUCCUCAAGCUUCACCUGUUCCUAACCCAGCAUGCAGUAGCACAUGUUCAACCCUUUCUCCAGUAUCUAGUAGCCCUUCUAACACUAGUCUUGAUGACAUUCAAUUGCAGAAAAGCAUCACAACAUCAACAUUUAGUCAUCAAUCAUGCAGCUUGAAAGAAGACAAAAUAUUUCCAGCUGCUGACCAGAUGGCUACUAACCUCCUUCAGUACCAUCAGACUGAUCCUUUAAGAAGCCUCAGUUUUCCUAAUGCAGGAAACAAGGAUAAUCUAAAUCUCAACAACCUUCAGGAGCAUCAGUUUCACAGACCAAACAUGGAAAAUAUCAAGGGAUGUCAAAAUGACUUUGAAUGUGAGCCUCCACCACCAUAUUCAUCACACCAUAUGCUAACCAGCUCACUUAGCAAUGCCAGUCUAGAGCACCUAGAUAUUCUUCUGACUUGCAAACAAUGUGACCAAAAUUUCAACAACCUUGUAUCCUUUCUGGACCACCGCCAGUACUGUGGAUCACAUUCUGUAUGUCAGACAGAGCUCAAAGAUGUUUCACGAGAUUGCAGAAGAUAUCAGUCAGAGGUAUUUAAUACUUCCCUGCCAUCUUCAAGCUUAUCAGUAUCAAGGCCUUUUGAUCUCAGUUUGGUUUUACAAGGUUCAAACAAAAACAGUGAGUUUCUCCUAGACUGUGAUAACAAAGGAGAAACUAAGGAUGAUUCCUUAAAACCUAGCAUGGCAAAUAGUCUUGCAGCAAACUCAUUGCCAGUAACAGCUUCUGAAAUGGAAAUUGAUGCCAAACUUGACAGUUUGAUUACUGAAGCACUGAAUGGCCUUGGUUACCAGUCAGAUAAUGCAGAGAUUGACAGCAGCUUCAUAGAUGGCUUUGUAGAUGAUGAGAUCUGCACUGCAAAGGCUGCUGUGAGUGUACUGGCUGGUAGGGUGAAAGACAGUUUUCCUGUAGAGGAGAGUCUGAAACAAAUACGGCCAGAUAAAACAGCACUUCAUACAAAUGACAAAUUCUUCUGUGAAGAAAACAGUCAUGUAGGAAAGAAAUACAAAAACAAGAAUUCAGAAAAGAGAAAUAGUGCAGAAAGUAUCAAACCCUGCUUGAUGGCUGUGAAAGAUCAAAUUCCAGAUAAACCUCUGGAAAAUAAAAGGACAAGAACUAAUUUAGGAGACCAACUAAUGAAAGAAAGAUCAUCAGAGAAAAAUUCAAAGUUAAAAGGAGGAAGCAAAAUUAUUCAUCCGAAAGAGCAAGGGAUUGUAAACAAAUUAAAGCCAUACUUCACACCAAAGAAUAAUUUGGAAUAUAAAGGCAGACAGGAUGAUUAUCAGUCACAUACUUCUCAGGCAAUGUGUAAGGAUGCAACAUCUGUAAAGAGUGACUCAAAAGUGUGCAAGUUCCCAGCAAAUGAUACAAAAAGGAAAAAGAGUACAGGAGGGUCAUGGAGCAAAGAACUUAUCCAUAAAAUAGUUCAGCAAAAAAACAAACAUCAUAAGCUGCAUGUUAAAGGAAACAAACAUUUUCAGUUUUCACUGGUUACAGAAAAGUUGAUGCCAACAACACAUAUUGGCAAGUAUGGUGAAUAUGACUAUGUUUCUGAUUCUGAUGAUGAGGGUUUAAAUCACCAAAAAAUCACAACUAGAGGCCAUUCUGAAUUCAUUUUAAAGGGUAAGAUGAAAUAUAACUCUGAACAUGAAAAUCAAGUUGAAUCCAAUAAAAACAAAGAGACAAACUGGAGAUUUGCAGAGCAACAACAAAUCCAAUCUCAAAAUGUUUGCAAGGAUGCAGGAAGUAAAAGUAAAAGAAGGAAAUAUUAUAGCGGGAGAGCUCGGAGAAGCAGACAGUCAUCCAGCAGUAGUGACCUGAGCACAUCCACAGAUGUUUCAAGUGAAAGCACACCCAGUCCAAAAAGCACUGACAGAACGGAGUCUGACAAUGAGAAUAACUCUAUUACUUCUAAACGAAAGUCAUCAAGCAUAAAAGACAAACUACCAUACCUUCCAGACAGAAAUAGCAACACUGAUGAGAACUGUGUUAAAGGUUAUGAAUUCUCAAGAACUUCUAAAAGGCUUGGCUCUGCUAAAUUUUUGCUUACUGAUGCUAAAUUACGCCAAAGCAGACCAUAUGUUGCAUCAACUAUAUUUUCUUCCAAAGCCUGCCAGCCACGUUCAACAGGAAGUGGUUGUGAGGAGAAGACUGACUCCAGCAUCAAUUUUGAUGGGAAUUACUCCAAGAGAAAUAUAGAGGCCAAGCCUGCAAUUUCAACUAAUCAUAAUGAUAACAUAUCAAACAGUCUUCCAGAAUGUGACAACACAGCUAAUGUGGUGCAAAUUAGUAAAGAGAUGCAGAACCAGUUUUCACCAGUAAACCAGAACACCACAGACUACCCUAUGGUUUUAGCAGUGAAAAAUAUGUUUCAGGCAACAGAAAAUACAGGUACCAACAUUAACUGUAGGCAGUCUAGUAUUAAUGUUUUGAAGAGCAGAGUUACAUACAGUGACUCUAAAGAAUUUGAGUCACAGGGUACCUGUCUCAAAGAUAACUCUGAUGGACUAAUACUAAAUAAAGAAAUGUGUAACGACUCCACUUUUGGGAGUUCCAAUGGAAAUACAUAUGAAACCAAAGAGUCAUUUCAGAAGUACAGCCCUUCUGAUAUUCAGAAGCCUGUCAUCACAACCAUUUCACAAGCAGAAUAUGUACCUACAUGCCAUACUGGACUUAAUACUAAUUCAUUUGAAAAGAGCCAUAGUGAACAGGGUAUUACUUUUUUUCCUGCAGAGAAUGAAAAGAACAAAGUCUGCUCGCCAUUUGCAUUUGACUCACCAUCAAUGUUUGGAGAAUUUCCAGUAACAGCAUUUGAUAGCCCAGUCUAUAACACAAACCAAGCCAGCAGAAGUGAAAGGUGCCAGCACUUGUAUUCACCAUUUUUGCUAGAAAGAGAGUGGGCCCUCAUGGAAGAUGUCACGACAGUCUUGGAAGGUAACACUACUCAGCUUACAAACCCCUUUGCUGAGAAGCAACUAAGUAAGAAAUGUAUUGAGGAAGGGCCAUCUGCUUUAAGUAAGGUAUCCACACCUGCGUCCGAGUUUAGUACUGUAUUUCCAGCCAGCAUUUCGGUUGAUGAAUCGGAGAUUAAAAAACUUGUCACAGAACUGGAGAAUAAACUUCAAAAAAGCAAACAAAGUCAUAGCACUCCUGAAACACGGCAUUCUUUGGAAACACAAAUAAAUUCAGGUACAGAAGCAGACACUAACAAUUUUUCUCUAACUGUAGAACAGAAUAUGGGAAAUCACAAUGAGUUAUUUUUCACUAGUGAUUUUGACAGCUUUCGAGACACAAAUCUUCUUGAAGCAAAAGAAGGUGUUGCCAGCAUUCCUAUCAGUAAUGCUGCAGAUCAAACUCAGGACCAGGCUAAUGAACUCCCUGACAAUUUGUGGACUUCCCAUCUUAGGUCUUUCAAUGAGCAGGCACAAGGUCAUUUACCACUCGGUGAUGAUACAGAUUCAUUGAAUACAUUUUGCUCUGCACAAGAAGAUGGCUUAUUUCACUUAUUAAGAACAGCUAGCAGUUCUGUAAAGGCAGGAACAAAAGAUACUAAAAGUAACUGUAACAGUCCUUUGUCUCUAAGAAGUUCAUUAGAGGUCUGUGAUGACAAGAUUGAAAAGGAGAGGUAUACAGAGAAACUAAUGAAAAGCCUUGCAGUUAUCUCACAUUCAGUGUUUAAUACAAACACAGAAGAGCAGGCUAGAGUAAAAGAAAAAACUUUGCAGGCAUUUCAAAUUGAGCACGGAUGCUAUGAUUCUUGUUCUCUAGAUAUAAAAAGUACAGAGCAGUCACAACUAAUAGAUCACAGCAUAGUUUCUGUAACAGUUAAUGAGACUGGCCUGUCUAAUUUAAGUAACAGCAUUAAUUUAUUAGAACAGCAGCCAUCAGAAAGAGACGAUGAUCAUAUCUCUGAGAGAAGUGAUACGAAUACAGAGCACAAUCAAAGUGAAAUUUGUUUACCUACUAGUGGUGGAAACAGUAAUGCAUCGUUCUGUAAAAUGCAGCAGGUUCUAACAGACACAGAAUCUGAACUGCAGCCUAUGGCCAAUGUAUCAGCAAAAGAAGGCAGCCAUAUGGAAAACACAGCAUCUUCUCAAGAAUCAUCAGUGAAUCCUUUACAACAGCUGCAGCUUUUUGUUGCAAGGACAGUUAAGCACAAUGAAGAAGAAAUGAGGGUGCCAUGCUUUUCAGGCCUUGUUCCAGCACCCAGCCAAACCACACCUAAUCUGUCUCCUGAGCAAAAGCAAAAUGAAUUUAUGUCUGCAAGUAACCUAGAAUGUGAGGCUUCAGUAACAUGCACUUCUUCCUCUUUACAUACAGUGUUUUCUACUUCAGGAGGGACAUUAAGAGCUUUGGAUAACACAUCUGAAGAGGUGAAUGGACAGCAUCGCUCUGUUACAGAUAAACUGAAAGAAUCCUGCAAGGAUAAUGUGCUGCUUGAAAAACAGGCACAGUCUUUGUAUAGCCCCCCACAAAACAAGUUAAUAGACGAAACAUGUAUAACAGAUAUUUCUCCAGAACCGCCAUCCCCCUUAUCAUUAAACAGAGUUGUAAGUCCAUUGGUAGAGCAUUUUACAGGUAAAACUCUGGUAAUUAGUGAGCCGAAAAAUGGUGGCAGUUCUGUAGCUGUGACAUGUAAAGAAUACAAAAAAUCAGACAACUCAGAUGCUAUCUCAGUUCCAGAAGGAACUUCAGGUACUUUGGUGAAGCUGCAAAUGAGUGCAAGUAGUCCAGAGGCCACAUCUGACUGUAAUAAAUCUGAUUAUGAUCUGCCAUUAACAUUAGCUGGAGAAAGCAGUGGAAAGGAAGACUUCCAGACAGCUGAGUCAGCUCUGCAAACUCGUACAAGCUCUGUCAACUGUGACCUGAAUGCAAAAUACCAAAGAACUGAAGAUGAACAUUUUCAGCCAAGUGAUAAAUAUUUAGUAUCCACUGAAAUGCUCUCAGAAAACAAAAUAAUUACCACAGAUGCCCACAUCAGAGAAAGGGUUUAUGCAUACAGCAAUUCUUCACUAUCUUUGGAAAAGUGUACUAUAGGGCUACCUCAUUCAACAAACGAUGAAUCAGAAAGAUUAAAAACACCUACUCAUCUGAUAAAAGAUAGUGAGAAAAGACACUGUUCUCAAAAUCUGACAGCUUGUUCAGUACCUUUUAUUUCAGAAGCGGGAACAGUUAGUCCAAAAGGUACAUUUAAAAUCCCCCAAAAUAACAGUGAGGUAGAAUAUGAUGUAUCAACUUGUAUUAAUGCUCCUUGCAGUCUAAUAACUGAAGCUUUUGGGGAGUUUUCUAGUAAGAUUUUGAGCGAUGUACAGCAAUCUGACCAAAAGAAUGGCACUCAGAAUUUGUGUGACAAUGAUCAGCCACCUAACAUAAACCCUCUUGAAAUAAAUUUGCUCCCACAGUUAGAUUUAUCAGUUGCCUUAGGUACUGAAUGUCAGUCCUACAAGGAAGCUUGUUCUGGUGAAUCAGAAGAAAAGGACGCAGAUUCUGCAUUAAGAAACACACCAACUCUUGAACAUGAAGAUAUCUCUGCAGACCGACUCAAGUGCCCCUCUUCAGAGGUAUUGUGUUCUCGUUACAAAGCUGGUGAUGAUGAUUCUACAGCUAGCCAAAUUAAUGACUUAUUAUCAUUACCAGAAGCACUUCUUAACGAACAGCAUCCACCACAGGAAGUGGCAAGCCCUGUCAUCUCACCAAAGGAGCACAACUCAAACACUGAUGACUAUGAUAUUUUUAGUUCUUAUAGAGGAAAGUGUUUUGUGAAAGAGCUGCCAUGCUGUGAAGAUAACAGAACUGGUUGGCUUUGUAUACCAUCCUGUAGCCCACUAAGUGAUCAGGAGACUAUAUCAUAUGAAACAAAAAUAUCUGAUCUUCAUAGUCCCGCUCCUGGAAUUAGACAUAGUUCAGAGCUUACAGAAGUGUCUGAUAAUACCCUUUUCUCAAAUCAAGACGUAGUUAGAGACUUUAACUUAUUUACUUCUAUGGAAAUGAAAAUACCAGGAAGUGAAUGUGGAGCUAGUAUGCAUAGCAAUACAGAUAGAGCACAAGGUGACGUAUCCAGCAGCUUGAAGUCUAGGGCAAGUAGGGAACCAUUUAAUCAUGCACAAGAGGAUUCUUCUGCAAAACAGCAACAGAACAAAGCACAAUCUGCAGUAAUAUGUGAUGUGUGUUCAGCAUCAUUUAGGUCAAAACCAGGCUUGAUGAGGCAUAAAGCUUUUAAACAUCGUGCAAAAUGUAAUGAUUCUUCAGUGAUGCACCAGGCUUCUAAAAACAAAUUGGACAUUGUGCUUUCAGAAAAAAGUAUGCCCUGGAAUAAUGAUUUGAGAAAAAAUGUUGAUAGCAGCUUCAACAAUGAAGGAAGCAAUCUAAAGGAAAAUGACUUGCAUUCUGUGGGUCAUCAUGAAAAUGAAACUUCUUCAGAAGAUGUGCAACAACUACUCAUCCAUAUGACAACUACAGCAAGUAACCCUAAAGUGAUAUCAGAAACAAGCUGUGAGUCCUGUGAACUUAAUCUGGAGCAUAACUCCGCAGACGUUUUAAAAGAAACUGUGAAAUCAAAGGCUAGAAAAGGUUCUGAGACUGAGCGAUUGCAUCAGUUUGCUGAGAAAGAUACAUGUAUUGAAGAAAAUCAAGGACCAGAUUGCAAACCUAAAUCCUUAAGUAAGAAGAGGCCAAGUCUUCCAAAAUCAGAGAUUUCUGAAACCAUUUCUGUUAAUAAACAAAGAAAGAAGCAUGUUCGAGGAGCACAGAAUGGAAGCCAAAGUAGGUUUGCUGACACCCAUAAAAAUAGCCGGGAUACUAUUCCUGACAGUAUGUUAAAAUCAAUUAAAUCAGACCUUCUUAAAGCAAUCAUGUGUCCCAUACAGUCUAGCAGUUCACCAUUUGUAAAAGAAAAGGAUGGAUUUCAUUCUAAUGUUCAGUCUAAUUUAGAAGAAGCUUUGAAUCCUGUUCAAGAGAAGUGUAAUGCAGAAGAAGAAAGGUCCUUGAAUACUGCAGUACAUGCCCAGCAAUACUGUGAAAGUAAUACAGAAAGCAUACAAGGACACAGAUGUGAUGGUGCUAUCAUUGAAGAUGGAUGGCAGGCAAUGCCUUUUAGAGAAGAUGCUGACAAGUAUGUUGAAAAGAGAGAGUAUAAUGCAAAUGAGGAGAUGUCCAGUAAUAUUAAGGAGAAGAACUAUCCCCCAGUAAAUAAUUUAUUCAAUGAAUGCAAAGUAAACAAUAAUAAAAAUCCCUUCGGCGCUCCUGAUAUGUAUGAAACCCUAGCGUCUGGAAUAUCAAACAAUGAGAACUCCUCGAAUAAGCAACAGAACAAAACUGCUGAGCGCCUAGAUAAUGAAGAUGCAUAUUUGGAGGCAGUAAUUUGCUCUGGAGAUAUUCAACUAAAGCAAAAUCAGAUGCCUACAUCUAGUGCUACACCAUCAGAAAUAGAUUUGCAUAAUUUGUAUGAUGAUGAAAGUACGUUUUCUCAGUUAUUUCCUGGAGGUGAGAAUGUGAUUAGAAGAAGAUGCGUAAGAGUUUAUGGAAACAAAAAUAAACAAAUGAAAUGUAAUUCUGAAACAGUGUGCGAGAAUGAAACUUCAGCGCAGCUAACUGUACAUGGUGACACACAGGAUCCAGACCACCAAAAUGACAUUUCUGGUUGUGGGGAAAGGCCAAUCGUAUGUGAAUAUGAGACAAUCUCUGUUGAUGAUGCAUUAUUACUAAAUAUGCAUCAUAACAACAAAAAUGCUAAGAAUAUAAAUUUUGAUCUAUAUGACGAGGCACUUAAGACUGAAUUAGAGGACAACUAUCAGGCUGGGGAUUUUGUUGGCAAAGCCACCAAAGCUGAAUUACAAUUCUUGUAUCAAAAUAAAGUAACAGAAGUUCUAUGUAAACCACAUGUAAAGUCAACAAAACUAGAUUUUUCUGAUGAGACAGUGAAGAAUGCAAAUAAUGAAAUGCCAAAUAAGCUUUCCAGUGAUGUCAAAAAGGAAGGAAUACCACUGUCUUUGGCUGCUGCUGAAACUUGUGAUGAGACAGCUAGAGGCAGCCUCUGUUCUGAGUUUCACACAAUUGACAUGGAAGCACUGAACACGAAACUGGAAAUUGGAGAUGCUUCUUACUUUACAACCAAUGAUCAAGGUGGUAAUUUUGCUGUUGACAGCUUUCACUCUACCAGCAAAGCAGAGGACACAAACACGUAUAGCAGGACUAAACUGGAAGGAAAUAAAACAGCUAAAAAAAACCGAACUGUUACAAGGACCAAGCAGUACAAAUGCAAAGUAUGUUUCCAGUGGUUUCUAACCCUAGGUGAGCUAGAUUUUCAUAAGCUUUCCCAUAAUCCAUCACCACCACCAACAUGUUACAUGUGUGUUCAGCGUAAGUUCAGCUCUAGAGAACAGUUGCGGGACCAUUUAAAUGAAAAACAUGCUAAGAAGAAAGCUGGCCUCUGGACAUGUGGUAUGUGCCUGAAAGAAAUAUCUGAUGUGUGGAUGUACAAUGAACACUUGAGAGAACAUGCAACUCAGUUUGCAAGGAAAGGGCAAGCUCAGAAAUCAGUUAUGGAUUGUUUCACUGAUGACAAUGUAGUCACAAACUUUUUGAACACAAUCCUGUUUAGAAGACUCGCUAAGUCAUCAAAACACUCAGAAGCAGACAACAGGUGCUCCCUAAAUAAGGACAGCAAGGUCUUUGGUGACUGUCAUGAGCAGGAAGCAACAGAUAAAGUGACAACUGACAGUGAUACUAAAUAUAAACUGAAUACCACCAGUUCUAUCAAAGUGUCCACAAGUCCAUCUUCUGAUGAUGCCCCAAAAGCCGAUUUAGUACACAAGAACAAUUUAAUGCAUCCAGCCUGCAAAGAUCCUUCUAGGGACUGUCAUCACUGUGGAAAACAGUUUCCAAAGCCAUUCAAGCUUCAGCGACAUUUAGUUGUCCACAGUUUGCAAAAGAUGUAUCUGUGCCAUAAGUGCCCUGUAUUUUUUCAGGAUAUGGCAGAUCUCAGAAAUCAUCUGAAUAAAGAACAUGGGAUAAUGGAAGAACCUGAAAUUAAGCACACUACACUUUAUGCAUGUGAGCUGUGUGCAGAUGUAAUGCAUAUUAUUAAAAAAUCAUUCAUCUGUAGCACAUGCAAUUACACAUUUUCUAAAAAGGAACAGUAUGACAGGCAUAUGGAAAAGCACCUUGAAGGUGGUAAUACAACAAUUAAAUUUAGGGGAGUGAUGAGACCUUACAUGUCAACUAAAGAGAUAAACUGUCAGCAGCCAGAGACACUUCUAUCUGACUGCCUAUUGCCUACCAAAAAACCAAGGACUGCUCAGGAUGAUAUAACGUCUUUCACGUGCACUAAAGAUCCCACAUCUAUUAAACAUUUACAGCUCUGCAAUGAGAUGGACUUGCAUUUAUGUGAGAAAAACAUGCCUGUGCCUCCAGUAUUAUUCCCAGAUGUGGACAGCAUUCCUGCAUCAAGUUUACAAAACAGCACUGUAAAAACUGAAGAUGUGGUUGGAGAUUUCACAGAAAUUCUGUCACAGCUGGAGGAUGGUCAGUCUCAGGCUGAUGCAGUUCCUCAGCUGCCAUGUUUAUCUCCACCUCUUUCUCAGAGUAUAUUCAAUGAAACUGAAGGAGCUGAAAUUUCCAGCUUUUCUAUGGAAAGUAGUAGUCAAAAUUACGAAGCACUGUCUCCCACUGAUUUUAUGGAUAAUGCUGAGCUAAGAAUAACUGGCAACUUCACUGGUUCAUCGCAGGAUAAACAGAGUGCAUCACGUUUUGUAGAUUUUCCUGAAGAUGUAUAUGCUGGGUUUAGCCUUCCAGUUACAAAUCAUACAGAAAGUAAUCCUCUGUUUUGUGAAAAUCCUACUUCACCACAAAACAUUAUGAACAUAAUACCUCUUUGUGAUAAAGAAAAGGAAAGAACUGAAUUUUCUGAUGUCACCGAGAAGAUUUCAGGUGAUGAGGCUCAGCAACCACAAUGGAAUAGUCAAAAUGUUGCAUCUGCAAAUGUACAAAGUUUAACAAAAGAAGAUAUCAUUAUCCAAGACUCCCUUCCUUCCAAAAAUGUGCCACUUGUGUCAAACAGUAGUAGAAAAGAUGGCAGCAUUUGUAACCAGAAUGAGCACAUCUGUAAUGUGGUCAAAGAACAAACAACAGAUAACAAUUUGAUGCUCAAUAAAGUAAACAGCAUUCAAAUUCCGCCUUUGUCAACAGAAAAGCUACUGACACCUGAUUUUGGUUGUAACUCAAGGGAAAGUAUUGGUGUCAGCGUAACUAAAGGAAUAACAAAUGUUCCAAAACUAACUUUGGGACAGAAUAAAAAUGAAACAUCAAACAAUGCAAAAGAAUAUCCUGAUUCCUGUACACCCAGUGAGAAGCAAUGUGUUGAAGUAUCACUCAAAUGUUAUCCUAAGAAAAGGAAAGAGCAUAAGCCAUUGAACAAUACAAUUAGUACUGAUGUCCGGGAGCAUGUAGAAACUAAUAAGAAAAAAAAGGUCCGUGUGCAUAGUCCAGGUCGAUGUGAAAAUACCGUAAAUGCCAAAAAAACUGAUCUCAUUCAUAACCUUGCAAAUCUUUCCAGCAUUAAAGAUAAUGCCACAAACUAUAAAUUACACAAUAAACCUAAAACUGGAGCCAUUAACAAUCAGCUAAAAAGGAUUGUCUUUGAUAGCUAUGGCCAGAAAAAAGUGGACAUACAUCAUGGUAAUGGGGAAUUCAAAUGUAAAAAGGAGUCCUUUGGAAGAACAUUUCAUCAUAUAAUGUUCAAAGGCCCCUCUUCUCCUAUGAAUAACUCCAUAAAUAAAAAUAGAUCAGCCUCAAGUCUGAAACCUGCUGACUCUCAAAAUUACAGAACUGCAGAGUCACAGAACAAUUUGCUGAGUCAGCUUUUUGGGCAGAAAUUGACUAGCUUCAAAAUCCCUUUAAGAAAAGACCUCUCUGAGUAAAUUCUUACAAAUACUAAAUUUAAGUGGGUACUGAAAUACUGUGUUCAGAAUAGCUGCAAGGCAAAAAUAUAUGAAACAAUUAAUGUAUUGUUCCUACAGCACUGUAUUUCUCUUUAGCUUUACCUAACUUGCACUUCUGCAUCUGUGAAAACAUUUGCUUUUUUGUUUGCUAACAUAGUUUAGUUAAUCUAUUUGUGCAUGGAGAUGCCUGGUAUUUUGUUGAUGUUGUUACUGAGUUUCACAAUAGAAAACAUAAUCUUGUUAGGCAAACUGACAUUUCAGUAGUUAUUUUCAGUUUAGGUUACAAACUAUUGUUGAACCUGCAAUCCUGCUUGCUUUAGAAGCAAGUUUGUUUUAUUACUGAACAAAAUACUUGAAGGCAGACAUUUUUAAGUGAGUUGAAAUGUCCUGGGCAAAGAAUGUUUUGCACACUUAUUUUCGUAGAAAUUUGAAAUCAUUUACGAAAUAAUGAGUCACACAAUAACUGUUAAAGUUCAGACUUUUAUUUGCGACAAAACUUUGUAUUAGGUGUUUACUGUCUGCCAUCUGAUGGUGAUUUUGGAAUUACAGAAGCCAUUGGCAACUCAACCUUUUGGAACAGAGGUAGGGUUUUCUCCAGAACGUAUUUUCAGUGUGACCACUUUAGAUGUUACAAAGGAGUUGAUGAUGCUGUCCUGGACAACUAUAUCUUCAUAUUUACUGUACUAUAGCGGAAAGUCCUUUUUUUUCGGUAUGUUGCCUUACAAGUACAUUGUGCUACUCUCUCUAGCAACAUCAUUUUAUCUCCAAGGGACACAUUGGUUUCAUAGUCUUACUGUAAUAUAUGCAGCUUUAAACAACGGACUUCAUUCAGAAACUGGUGCUAUUUCAUUGUAAUGUGAAAACAGUUCUCCUUGAGAAAAGAGGAAGGUUAAGAAGUGAAAUUUCAACAUCAAGAUUCACGUAAUGCUGGUACUCAGUAGAGCUGAAAUCCUUAAGCAUCUAUCAUGUUAACUUGUAUGCAAAUGGAACUUAUUUUAAGUUAGAAUGCAAACUCAGGUGCAGAUAAGGACACUGAAUUAUAAGAAGAAGAAUUCUAAUAAUAAUAAUAAUAAUAAUGAUGCUAUUGAAGUACUCCCAAAUCAAGGAGGUGUGUUUGUGCACUGAUGAUACAUAAAACAUUCAGAGUACACUUUGACUAUCCUGCAAGUUCUUAAAUUAGAUAUAAAGAUGCUUUAUAUUCCUGUUUUGUAUCUAUCUUUUAUGUUUUAUUGUAUAAAAAUGUAGGUAAUAUGUUUGGGUUCAAUGCAUAUGUCAAAAAAGUUUAUUUUAAUAUUUUGUCAAAAAAGCAUAUUUGCAGUUUCAUGUUGUUUGUGUGCUACAAAAGUGCCUCUCAACAAUGUUGUUAAUUAAAAUAAAAAAUAUAUGAGUUA